AUGGCGUCCAACUUCACGACGUGGAAGAUUGACGAAGAGGUGAAGCUCCGCCUGACGGCGUCAGGGGCCGGUGCGCGUCCUGCUGUCACGACUGCCCAGGCGUUCCAGAGCACGUUGGCCAAGUACGGCGGUGCCAAGGCGCUGCACUACAAGCAGAACGGCGAGUGGAAAUCGUACUCGUUCCAGACGUACUAUGACAAGUGCUGCCAGUUUGCCAAAGCGCUACUCCACGUCGGCCUCGAACGGUACCAGGCCGUGAGCAUCAUUGGCUUUAACUCGCCAGAGUGGGCCAUUGCAGACGUUGGCGCGAUUUUUGCUGGCGGUGUGGCCGCUGGCAUUUACACGACUAACUCGCCCAAGGCGUGCGAGUUCAUCGUCACGCACUCGGAAGCUGCUGUCGUGGUGUGUGACGGCGUGUCGCAGCUUGAGAAGUUUCUGGCGAUCCAGGACAAUUUGCCGAAGCUUAAAGCGCUGGUGCUGUGGAACGACGUUGUGCCGGGAGGCAUUCAGUCGAAAGUGCCCGUCUACUCGUUUGACGACUUUCUCCAGCUUGGUGGUAACGUCCAGGAUGCAACGCUCAAGGAUGUCAUGGACUCGCAGAAGCCAGGCAACUGCUGCACGCUCAUUUACACGUCUGGCACGACGGGCGACCCGAAAGCCGUCAUGAUCUCGCACGACAACGUCGUGUGGACUAUUAUGAGCGUUAUUAGCAUGGUGGAGCGCAACUACAAUUACACGAUAAGCAACGAUGACCGUCUGGUGAGCUACCUGCCCAUGUCACACGUCGCCGCUCAGCUGAUCGACAUCUGGCUGCCCGUUUGUGCCGGCUUGCAGCUUUUCUUUGCACAACCUGAUGCCCUGAAGGGAUCGUUGGGCGUGACGCUGAAGGAAGUGCGUCCGACGUUCUUUUUCGGUGUGCCCCGUGUGUGGGAGAAGAUUGCCGAGAAGAUGUGGUCGAUCGCGGCUCAGACUCAUGGCGUCAAGAAGCGUAUUGCGGCUUGGGCGAAGGACAAGGCUGCUCAGAAAACGGCGCUUGCUCAGUACGGCAAUUCAGGAGGGGCUCCUUGCGGGUUCGGCAUCGCCAACGCCGUUGUGCUCAUGCGCGUGAAAGAGGCGCUUGGUCUGGACCAGUGCAUUGCGAGCUUCAGCGGUGCAGCGCCGAUCAGCCGCGAAGUUGUGGAAUACUUUGGCUCACUGGACUUGCCUAUUUAUGAGUUUUUCGGUCAGAGCGAGAGCAGCGGCCCUCAGACGUGCAGUAUGCAGGGAAACUGGAAGAUCGGUUCGUGUGGUCGUACUAUGGACGGUUCGGAAACCAAGGUUGUGCCGGACACGGCUGAGCUGAUCUUCAGCGGUCGCAACAUCAUGAUGGGCUACCUCAAGGGUGAACAGCAGACUAAAGACACAGUUGAUGAAGACGGCUGGCUCCAUUCUGGCGAUUGCGGCGGUAUCGACGAAGACGGCUUCAUGUCGAUCACGGGACGUAUCAAAGAGCUCAUCAUCACUGCCGGAGGUGAAAACGUCCCGCCUGUCAUUAUCGAGGAUACGAUUAAGGAGGAGCUGCCGCUGUUGUCGAAUGUGAUGGUGGUUGGCGACCGGCGCAAGUUUCUAGCUGCAGUGUUCACGCUGCGUGUGACGGUAGACAAGGAUGGUCAGCCGACGGAUGCGCUGGACGAGAAGGCGCUUAGCGUAAUGAAGGAGAUUGGCAGCUCUGCAACGACAGUAACGGAGGCACGCGUGGACGAGAAGGUAAAAGCACACCUUGACGCCGGUUUGAAGCGUGCCAACAACCGUGCUACAUCGCGUGCGCAGAACGUGGGCAAGUACGUUGUGCUGGACCACGACUUUUCUAUUGCCGGUGAUGAGUUGACGCCCACGCUGAAGUUAAAGCGCAAGGUCGUGCACGAGAAGUACGAGUCGGUGAUCGAGAACUUGUACGCGUAA